UAGAUAUUUUUGACGAUUCCAUGCAAGUUCGAAUAUAAAGAAUCAUAAUUUUUUUUUAAUUUUUACUUUAUUAAUUAAUUAAAAAAUUUUGCUUUGUUUUUUUUAUCUACAGAGUUUUAAAAAAAUAAAAAAUGUUGCGGUUGUUAAAAAUUUCCAUAGCCGUUGUAUUUAUAAAUAAAUUAAUAAAUAUAUGUCUGGCAGAGCCACCAGAUAUACAUCUCGAUAAUGUAAACUUCGUAGUGGGAAUUUUCGAAGACAAUCCUGUCGAUCCUGGUCGAUUGAAGUACUUGGGUCAGGGCGUUUUAGUUAAUCACAAAACUGUUCUUACAGCAUCGAUUAAUUUGUUUGAAGAUAUGGAACUACGUAUUCGUAUAUACGUUUGGUCAAAAACAUCAAACAACGAUUUUCAAUCAUCAAAUCUUAAAUUUUAUGAACGUACUGUGCAAAAUAUUAUGAUUUUUGACGAGGCGCCGGAAAUCGCUGCACUAUAUUUGGAAAAACCUGUCAAUGGUAUCAUAUUUAUUUGGGAACGAAAUUAUGAUACCUUCGACACCCACAAUACGAAUAAUGAAUGUGCUUUAGUUAAAUUUAAAUUGAACAAAGCAUUUACCAAAAUUCAAGUUAAGCAGCGGCGUGUAAAGCCACUGGGUAAUUUUAAAGAGAGAGGAUGUAGUGAAAAUACUGUUUCUAAAAUUAGUGAUUUUUAUUCAUCCGACGUAAAAAAUUACUUCUGUGCUUUAGAAACUGGAAAGAAAAAUUGCCAUACACAAGCAGGAGCAGCUCUGGUCUGUGAGUCACGUCAGAAUCCAGGACAAUAUUAUUUGGCAGGGAUUAAUAUUUUGAAGGACAAUUGUGAACUGAUGUUUGCUAAUACGCAAAUUUUAAUCAAUUCAAUCUACAGGAAAAAAAAAGGGCGAGGACAGUCUUCAAGCCCGGAGGAGGUCGGAAACGUCGAGGCUAAGCUGCCUAAUUCACCGUUUUUUCAAUUUCUUCAUUGAAAACAUAAUUUUGUUUGAUAAAAAAUAAACUUUCCUUAUUUUUAAAUACUUUUGUUUAAGUGAAAAAUGUAGAAUACGAAUUUUAUUUUAAAUUUUGAUGUAAUGAUAUAAUUAAUUUUAUAUUUGAUAGGGUUUCUGUAAAAGAUAAUUAAUAAAUUAGA